ACUCGUUGCCCAAGAACCGUCUAAGUACCUCAAAUCAACCGGUGAAGGCUUCGAAGUUUGGUUGGAGAAGCCCAAAGCACGAGCAUACAAACGGAGGUCCCAGCCGAACCCACAAGCAUACCAACUGAAAUUCAUACGAUAGAAAUCAAUGUCUGCUACUGUGGGAGCUAUCUCUUCAGCCAAGGAAGUCAACUUCAACUCUCAAACAAAUGAAGAAGAGCUCAAAAAGCCUUCUGGUGAUGAACCUGCAGACCAGCUAAGGAAUGGUGAAACUGCCAUUGAAGAUGGCCUUGACAAUGAUUUUGGUGAUGACCCAGAUGAUGAUGAGGAUGACCUUUCGAAGUUGAAAUCUGAGACCCAUUUGCGUCUUGGUCCCCAGUUUUCAAUCAAGGAGCAGCUUGAGAAAGACAAAGAUGAUGAAAGUUUGAGGAAAUGGAAGGAACAACUUCUUGCAGGUGUUGAUCUCUCUGCUGUUGGAGAGAGUAAAGAUCCAGAGGUGAAAAUAUUGAGCCUAACAAUCCAAUGCCUUGGAAGAAAAGAUGUUGUCCUGCCAAUUCCAUUCCUUAACAAUCCAAAAAGCAGGCUUUUCUCUCUCAAGGAAGCAAGUAAGUACCACCUGAAAUUCACCUUCACUGUCUCCAACAACAUAGUUUCAGGCCUCAAGUACACCAACACUGUCUGGAAGACUGGUAUGAAAGUGGACAGUACAAAAAUAAUGUUGGCCCCUAUAGCCUUCAUCUCCUCAUAGACAUUCAAACACCCAUCGAAAUUCCCUGACUGCCCAUGAAUUUUAAUCAAAGUAGAGAAUGUCAUCGGAUCAAUGC